CGAAGCACCAAGACAACAAUCACAACAUAAUCACCGGCAGCCGUUCUCUGCAACUGGUUCAUUCAUCUGAGUGAGUGAUCAUUUCGAGAACAAGAUCUGUCAAUAUGGUGAUUGCAGGACAAUACCCUCACCUCACUCUUACGUUCGGCCUUCUUGGAAAUAUUGUUUCAUUCAUGGUGUUUCUUUCACCAAUGCCUACUUUUUACAAAGUUUAUAAGAAGAAAUCGACAGAAGGGUUUCAGUCGAUACCUUAUGUUGUGGGAUUGUUUAGUGCCAUGCUUUGGAUUUACUAUGCGUUGCUAAAGGGAAAUGCCAUGCUUCUGAUCACGAUUAACUCCGUUGGCAUAGUCAUACAAACGUUUUAUAUAUGUGUUUUCCUCUUUUAUGCACCGAAGAAAGCUAGGAUGGAAAGUGUGAAGCUUAUCAUGUUGUUCAUAGUUGUCGGAUUUGGACUGAUUGUUCUCCUAACCGAGUUCCUUUCAAAAGGGGCUAAGCGCGGUGUGAUAGUCGGAUGGAUUUGUCUUGUGUUCUCUUUGUGUGUUUUUGUCGCACCUUUAGGUGUCUUGCGACAAGUGAUCAAGACCAAGAGUGUUGAGUAUAUGCCAAUUCUUCUGUCCCUAGCCCUCACACUGAGUGCCGUUAUGUGGUUCUUUUAUGGUCUACUUCUUGGGGACUUUAACAUCGCGAUACCAAAUACGCUUGGAUUCACCUUCGGUAUCAUCCAAAUUAUACUUUACUUUGUAUUCAAGAAUAGGAAGCCAGCCAUCAACGAUAAAAUCUCUGAAUUCAAAGAGAAAAUGAGUGAAAUGGAUGAACCAAGAAUCCCAGAAAUCAAGGAUCAUAAUACCAUCGAUAUGGUGAAGCUAAAUGCAGCUCUACGACCUGAAUACACUCAAAAUCCACACGCGGUGCGUAGUCCAAUUAUAGCUAAUCACACCAUUGAAGUCGCAGCUUGAGAUCGAUCCUAAUUGAUUUUGGUUUGAUGUCAAGUGUGCCUUCGAUCUCUAUAAAUAAUUGUACACUUGUUGAUUACAAGUUUUCACCUUUAAUUUGGUGUAAUCAUGUCCUCCUUAGCUAACGUAACCCUUGUAUUGUUUCAGUAUUCUCAAUAUAAAUGAAUUUGAUUUUCGAUAUAU